UGAGCCCCACCCUGAAUGGCCUUUAAAAGGGACCCGGCCCUCCACCUGGUGCUCCAGCUUCCUGAUUCACUUCAGCUCUCCGAUCUCCAGCCUCUGCCAGCCGCCCAGCUCUCCAGCACCAUGAAGCGCAUGAACAGGGAUCCCAGCCGAGGAUUCAGCUCCAGCUCGCUGGGGGGGUACUCUCCCAGCCAGGUCCACACCCCCAUCACCCCCGUGUCCGUCAACAAGGCCCUGCUGGCCCCCCUCAACACGGCCAUCGACCCCACCAUCCAGGUGGUCCGCACCCAGGAGAAGGAGCAGAUCAAAAGCCUCAAUAACCGAUUCGCCUCCUUCAUCGAUAAGGUGCGCUUCCUGGAGCAGCAGAAUAAGAUGCUGGAGACCAAGUGGAGCCUGCUGCAGAAUCAGAACAGCCCAAGCCGCUCCAACAUCGAGCCCAUGUUCGAGGGCUACAUCGCCAACCUGCGGAGGCAGCUGGACCUGAUGAACAACGAGAAGGCCAAGAUGGACGGAGAUCUGAGGAACAUGCAGGGCACGGUGGAGGACCUCAAGGACAAGUAUGAGAACGAGAUCCACCAGCGGAACACGCUCGAGAACGAAUUUGUGAUUCUGAAAAAGGAUGUGGACAAUGCCUACAUGAACAAGGUGGACCUCGAGCAGAAGGUGGCAAGCCUGGCAGAUGAAAUCAACUUCCUGAGGGCCAUCUAUGACGAGGAGAUGAGAGAGCUGCAGAACAGCAUCAAGGACACCAGCGUCGUGGUGCAGAUGGACAACUCCCGCAACCUCAACAUGGACCAGAUCGUCGGCGACGUGAAGAAGCAGUACGAGGACAUCGCUGCGAGGAGCCGCCACGAGACCGAGACCUGGUACAAGAGCAAGUUCGACGAGGUCGCCGCCAAGGCCAACGUGUACGGGGACGAGCUGCGCAGCACCAAGACCGAGAUCGCCGACCUCACGCGCCUCAUCGCCCGCCUGCAGUGCGAGAUCGAGAACACCAAAGGACAGAGGGUGAACCUGGAGGCCCAGAUCGCGGAGGCGGAGGACCGCGGGGAGAUGGCCACGAAGGACGCCAAGGCCAAGAUCCGGGACCUGGAGAAGGCGCUGCAGAAGGCCAAGCACCAGAUGGCACAGCAGGUGCGCGAGUACCAGGAGCUGAUGAACGUCAAGCUGGCCCUGGACAUCGAGAUCGCCACCUACCGGAAGCUUCUGGAGGGCGAGGAGGACAGGCUUUCAAACCAGUCUGUCAUCAGCAUCCAGCCUGUGCCCUCCAGUAAGUACAGUUCCAGAUAAGAGGCUCCAAGGCCAUGCCCGUCCUGAUCAAAUACACCGAAAGACACGAUCACUUCAUCUGAGACGUUCUGCUCGUUAAUCCAGCCACUGACACACACACACACACCUUUUCCAGAACACUGCCACCCAGUUCAUGUUUCAUUUCAAAUUCAAAUUCAAAUGCAGAAGCCAUAGAUGAGAAGCCUGUUUGAAAACGGCUGGUGCCAGAGUCUGGGACAGAGGCCCUGUGUUUCUCUCUCCAGUGUGAGCCAGACAGAGUGAUGUUCAGGUGUCUCUGCCCACAGUGAAGGGGCCUCCCUACAGACGCCGCCUCUCAGAUUUACUGUAUCCGCUUCCUCUCCAUAAUCUGUGAAAAUAUGCUUGUAGAAAAAAUAUCAUGAUCCUCUCUUGUUCUGUAAACUGAAAUUCUAAUAAACUUCCAUGAUAAAA